AUGGUUCUUCCGAUUAUCGUUGGUCUCGGAGUGACUGCAGCAGCCUUAACAGUACGAUCUGGAUUACGUGCCUGGGACAUUUAUAAAAGACUCACGCCCCUGAUGAUAGCACAACUGAACGGACUGCGAAUAUCUGUUUCAGAGGCCCGGUUCCAACGACAAAGCUCUCUGCGGUAUGGCAAUUUGAGCCCACAGCUCAAAUCACGACUAAGCCAAUACAGUGGAGGUUUUAAUCUCAAAAUGAAAGAGUCAGAGGCGCUAUUGAUUCUUGGCAUUGACGGAAACGAAAUACAAAGACUCGACAUCGAAUUGAUCAAGCGCAAGCAUCGCAAAGCUAUGUUGCACAAUCAUCCAGACCGAGGGGGCAGUCCCUUCCUAGCCAUGAAAGUGAAUGAAGCUCGCGAUGUGCUGAGUCAGAGCAUCAUGUUGCGAAAAUGA